GUCCCGUAAGGGUGGCGGGGCGGGCAGCGGCUACGAUGUGCGGUCCACGUGGGUUUGGAGGGGGCUUGAAGUGCAAUCCCAGCCCCGGCCCCUAGGGGGCACACUCCCCGCGGCCGCCCCGACCAAAUCCAAGUCAAGCGAGAGUUCUUCAAAGCAGAGGUUUAAUGAAAAACUAAGGAGGCAAGGAACACCUGGUAAGGCCGUAAACGCUGCAGAGUUUAUAGCCACCGACUCUUUAUCCCGGCUUGGCUGCAGUCUCGGAGGGCUGGCGUGCGAGAUCCCACACCCCGGAGUGCCUCAGCACACUAGCCCUUAAUGGGAUCCUGUGCCAACUCACUUUUCAAAGUUUGUUCUGUUUUGCCACUUAACUCCUCUUGUAGAGCAACAGCAGGAGGACACACACACACACACACACACACACUCCUUUCUUAAGAGGAAAGUUCAGGACAGGAGUUCCUGACAGGAUCCCCUUGGCCAGCCACCACUGUGAACUUUUAACAGGGUCUACUCCAACCGCAGAAAGAAAUCACCACAUGCCAGUAGGCCAGCCUCAGAGCUCCUGGCAGUCCACACAUGUCACCUGUUCCCCCUCUGUAGAGAAUUGCAGUCCUCACUCUACCGGAUCCAGCAGAUGGCAGAGGUGGGCAGGGAGGAAAGUCCUGUCCAGCUACAAGAAAGGCUGCUAGGCGCUCACAGAACUUUGCGUGGUGGAGACUGGGGCUUGUACUAGGCUGUGAGCUGGAAGACCGUACCUUUAUUCUUACUCACGUCUGGUGUAUACACGGCCUCACCGCCCACUGUGGGAGGGGAAGGGUGGGUAAGUGUGUCUGAAGUGCAGCUCCACAGGAGGAAAGCCUUCAGUGUUAAAGGGAGUCCAGAAGGGAGUACAGUGCCUCGCUCCACCCCCAGGCGAGUGAGAAGGGAAGACCCCACAGUGUGGGAGUGGCCCACCUCAGCGUUGCCUCCCUGCAGCCCUCCAGCAGAAUGGCGGCUUUCGGACACACGUUCCCCUUCUAUGCUGGCGCCAAGCCAACCUUCCCAAUAGACACCAGUUUGGCCGUCAUCAUCACCAUCUUCCUGACUGCACUGGUCACUUUCAUCGUCAUCCUGCCCGGCAUCCGGGGCAAGAUGAGGCUGUUCUGGCUGCUGCGGGUGGUGACCAGCUUAUUCAUCGGGGCUGUGGUCCUGGCUGUGAAUUUCAGUUCUGAGUGGUCUGUGGGUCAGAUCAGUACCAACACAACAUACAAAGCCUUCAGUUCCGAGUGGAUCAGCGCCGACGUGGGGCUGCAGAUCGGCCUGGGAGGCGUCAACAUCACGCUCACAGGGACCCCAGUGCAUCAGCUGAAUGAGACCAUCAGUUACAAUGAGGAGCUCACCUGGCGCCUGGGCGAGCACUAUGAGGAGGCCUACGCAAAGGCCCUGGAGAAGGGGCUGCCAGACCCUGUGCUCUAUCUGGCUGAGAAGUUCACCCCACAAAGCCCGUGUGGCCUGCACUACCCAUACCGCCAGGCAGGACACUACGUCUCAGCCAUGCUGUGGGUGGCAUUCCUCUGCUGGCUGCUGGCCAAUGUGAUGCUGUCCAUGCCCGCGCUGGUCUACGGGGGCCACAUGUUGCUGGCCACAGGCAUCUCCCAGCUGCUGGCCCUGCUCAUCUUCUCCACGGUCACAGCCCUCAGCCCACCGUGUCCCUUGCGCCUGGGCACUGCUGUGCUGCACACUCGCCAUGGGCCUGCCUUCUGGAUCACCUUGACCACAGGACUACUGUGCGUGCUGCUGGGCCUGGCCAUGCUGGUGGCCCACAGGAUGCAGCCCCACAGGCUGAAGGCUUUCUUUAACCAGAGUGCAGAGGAGGACCCGCUGCAGCUGGGUCCCGCGGAAGGGGGCCUCCUGAUUCCCCGCUACCGGUCCAUGGCGGAGAGUCCGGAGCCCCAGGACAUUGCUCUGUCGGAGGCCUCCUCGGAGGUGUGCUGCAGCGAGGUGUGCCCCCGCGAGCCUGACUGUGCCUGCUAAUGUCCCCCUGCCCGGCGGCCACCUGGACCUCCAGUCUGGCUGCAGACCUCACUGGGGCCCCAUGGAACUGCCAGGACCUCCCGCAGGGUGAGCUGAUCGGACCCUCAGCUCCAAUGUAGGAAGAGGAGGCUCUACUUUUUGUUAAAGAGAGAACAAAACAAAAGCCCUAAGGUGCUGAAGGGGUGUUGGGUUCCUCCUGCUCCCAUGCAGGGGCCCAGCAGGGGCCGCCCGUGUCUCUGCACAGCAGCCCUGCCUUCCCUAGAUGCUUUGCCUCCUCAAGGAGCCACUCACUGACACCCAGCUCCACCCACAUGACCUGUGUGUGUGAUCCAUCUCUUAUUUUCUGUUUCCUGGGUCCCUUUCGUUCUUCCUUCACCUCCCCGGCUUGUCUGACCUCUUGGUACAAUGCAGGACAGCACUGGAAGGGAGAAGAGACCCAGCUCCCCAUUCCGGAUCUUACACGAACCACCCGUGCCACCGUCUCUUUGAAUUCAGUUCUUAAAUGUGUUAAAUAAGAUUGUAGGGCUUGCAAAGGACCUAAAAAAAAAAACCAAAAA